AUGGGUAGUGGGUAGAAUCGAUAAUUAAAUGUGCCUGUAGUUUAUCUUGAAAAUCAUAAAAAUGUUGGCAGUUAUAGGUUCGUAUAGAAUUAGAGACAAAAUAUUCCAAAAGCAUAUUUAAAAAUAGAACCAAAUUAUUAAAAGAUUGAACGAUUAGAAACCAUUAAUAGUGCUGUUGUUCAUGGUGUUGUAGGACUCAAAAAUCUAGGGAAUACAUGUUACUUUAACACAGCUAUUCAUUGUAUAAGUCAUACUUAACCACUUGUGGAUUAUUUCUUGUCAAAAGCCUAUAAAAUUAACUCUUCUUGUCCAACAUCUGGAAAUAUAACAAAAGCAUUUGUAUCUCUAAUGGAACAAAUAUGGGAUGAUGAAAAUUGUUUUGCAGAAUCUAAGGAUUUUCGUUUACUUGUAUAAGGUUAAAAACUUAAACCUUAUAAUAAAUGUAUAAAUCCAAUAAAGCUUUUAAAUCUCUUGCAAAAGUAUAGCAAACGAUUUGCAUUAGGAGGUAAUCAAAUUUUCAUUAUUUGUCAGAUUAGGAAGAUUGUUAAGAAUUAUUAUCUUAUCUUCUUGAUUUACUACAUCAAGAAUUAAAUAGAUCAUAGCCAAACUCUAAAAGUGUAACAAAAGAUUACACAGGUGAAUAUAUUGAUCCAAAAUGGGCAGCAGAUAGUUGGGGUGAACAUUUAAAGAUUAAUAGAAGCAUUAUUGUAGAUUUAUUCUAAGGAUAAUUAAAAUCUACAUGUAAAUGUUAAGAAUGUGGAUUCUAAAGUCAUAAAUUUGAACCUUUCCUCUUCCUUAAUCUUCCAAUUCCUAAAUAAAAAGUUUCAAUCUAUAAAUGUUUAGAUUUAUUUCAAGAACCAGAACUUUUAUCAGGUUCAUGUUAAUGGAAAUGUCCCAAUUGCAAAAUUAAUAGAGAUUUCAAAAAAUAAAUUUAACUAUGGAAAUUACCUAAUCAACUUAUUAUUCAUUUAAAAAGAUUUGAAUAUCAACAUAGAAAACAAGUCAAACUUAAUACAGUAGUCGAAUUUCCAUUAGAAUUAGAUAUGGCAUAAUAUUGUGUUGAUUAAGCCAUUUCAUGUUAUUAAUUAUAUGCAGUAGCAUAACAUGAUGGUUCAUCUUAUGGUGGUCAUUAUGUGGCUUUAUGUAAAGCCUAAAAUAAUACUUGGUAUAUGUACAACGAUGAAUAAGUGUUUAGAAUUUAAGAUGUUAAAAAAAUGGUGUAAAAUGAAUAUGCAUAUAUGCUCUUUUAUUAAAGAUAUGAUAACAUUUACAGAUAAACAUUAAAUAAACCAGAAGCAUGGCCUCAUUUUAGAUUACCAAAAAUAUCAUAAACAACUCAUUUGAUGGUUUAAACAGAUAGGAAAUCUUAAGAUUCAAGUCCAAUAUAAUUAGAAUCAACACCUUUAGAUAAUUAAACUGGAGUUAUAAGUUAAUAAAGAUCAUAAUAAGAUAUUAAAUUUAACUCUAUUUAAUGA